AUGCAGGCUUUCAUCCUCGUGGUGCUUUGCCUCCUCUUCAAUGAAAACUUCACGAAGGCCUCUGACAAGGACUUCUUCUUCUUGGAGCAUUAUGCUGGGGAGGCGGUGAUGUCUCAGGAGAUUCAGGCAGCACAUGGACGUGAUACUGCUAAGCUCGACAUCAAGUACCACCAUUCCAUGGACAUUUGCACUCCGCCGGGGAUUCACUUUGUGGCAAGGGCUACAGUGCAGCAGCUGGGUAUCGAUAUGCAAGGCGACGAGCAUGAGAUGACUAUUCUUGUCUCGCUUCUUUGCGUGGCUUUGGGGGCCAACUGGAUGAUCGAGCAGCCGGGUGUACGUUUCCCGUUUCUGGAUGAUGCACUGGGGGCAUUCCUGCCCGAAACGGACAGUGGUUUGGAGCAGACCUACACGCCAGCAUUCAGCCGAGAGAUGGCCAAGUUGCUGCCGCUCGUCAUGAAGUCCCCGCCACUGCGCCCCACGGCGAUGCUGGAUGCCUCCACGGUAGAGAAGCUUCGCUGCUUGGACAUGGGUGAGGAUGAUUGGGCUGAUGCGGGCCUUUGGGAUCUGGUUCGUUAUGUCUAUGGAGCCAAAGGCUUGCGUAUCCCCGAGCAAUGGAAGGAGCUUGAGUCCGCCAUCAGCAUCGCAACCGCGGAUGUCAAGACCGAGCCCGGCACAGAGAGUCAGCUCGCAAAGAUGCAGUUGGCGCCAGAGCUCUUGCAGAAGUUCAGCCUACUCCAAGCCGCAAUGCUCAUGCAGCAGACUGAGCUCCAGAAGCUCCGUGACCGUGAGAGCCAGAACCAGGAUGGGCAGAAUGCGCAGCCACGGCAGGAGCCGACCCAGGAAGCUGUGGAGAAGCAGCAGCAGAAGGAAUCACCUUCAGCUGCUGUUGUGCGGAUGGAUCAAAGUCCCAGGGGCUCCAAACGAUCGCAUCCUAUGACCCCUGUCAAGAACCCCAAGCCCCCGAGUGCCCCGAGCCAGGCGCCUGAUGAGGACUCUGAAACCCCCAGAGUUCUGAAAUCCGAAACCCUCGAUAAGCUCGAGAAGGAGAAACUCCGCAGGGUGGUUUCCCCGAAGAAAGGCUCGGGGACUUUGGAGGUCCCUGAGGACAUCUUCGAGAUGUGGAAGGACGCUGCCAAAGGACGUCAGACCCUCUUCAGAAUGUGGGCGAAGUCCGGCGGGGUCAAAGGUGGCUUUUACUCCCGAGAAGAUAUGAAAUCUGAACUUGGAUAUUCAACGUCCAGAAUCGAGAAGAUAGUUGCCUGGGCUGAGAAGAACAAUCUCGUUCGGACAUGUGAAUACGAUGAUGAGACGCUGGAGUACUGGGUGAACACAAGGACGCUGGGCACCAUGACGAAGGAGGACCUGGAGAUGAUGCAGCGGGAGAGAAAGUAUGAAGGUGAAGGCGGUGAUGACCUGCUUUUCAAGCCGGAGGUUCAUCUUGAUGGGUUUGAUUUCAGUGAUGAUGACCGGAUGAUCCACAAGGGCACUAAGAAUCUUGAGGGAGAUCACCACAAGAGUGCCUCUCGGAUGCUUUCCAUGGAGACGCGGUGCCUCAUGCAGACCUGGGGUGUUUGUUGCAACAUUGUUGCAUCGCAAAUGAAGGAGUACUUGAAGCAGGUGCUCAAGAGUAAGAACUCACUUGAAAACUUCGUCGACAAGAUUAAGGCCGCGGUUUCUGGUGAUGCAAAGGCUGCAGGGGCCCUCGGCAAGAUGACUGGCCUUAUCAAGGACUUCGACACGCUGUAUGAAGAAAUGUCGGAGGCAGAUUCUGACGAGGGCACGCAAGGCCGCGAAGACAUCAAACGAAUGAGCUCAAUCUCGGCGCCGAGAUUGGAUGGGGGACGACCAAAGCAGCCUAAUGUGGGAAAGUCUCUGCUGGAGGGCAGCAGCUAUGUCCCGGCCGGCAUCAGUGAGCAGGUGCAUCUCAUUGCGGUGAAAUAUGGCAAGGGCACAGACAUUUGCAGAUCCAUAAGCAGAAUCAACAAACGUUUUGAUGAAUCUAUGGCAUGUAUAGACCCUGUCACAAAGAUGGAUAUCUUUCCAUGGACUGAUUCUGAAGACGAUAUGACUGUGCAGAAUCACAGUGACAACGAUAUGGAUGUCUCUGGUGCUUCAUGGGCUUCUGCAAGCACAAGGGAGCCUCCUUCGCCAAACUCCCCCGAUUCGAGCUUUCACCUUGAUGAGAGAAUAAUCGCGGAAACUUCACUGGCUUCGAAAGUUCUACUACACUGCUUGCGGGUGGUCGAUGCUGUCAGAACAGAAAACGGUGGUGCUUCGUUGUGCGUCUUCAAGAUUGGCCUUACUUCCAACCCGGUUCAGCGCAGAGCUAGCUACCUCCAGCAGAACUUUCAGAACUUCGUCGUGAUACACAAAGUUUGGCGACCCGAACUGCUCGGCAUGCUAGAGAUGUUGGAAGCUGCUCUGAUUGCACAGUUUCACGACAAUGGGUUCCCGCCACCUUACUAUGCAUACUGUGUCGCAGCAAAGGAUCUGGUCAUCGAUGCCCAGGCAGCAGUGAAGCGAGAUCCUUGCGAAGUGUUGGCCAAGAUUGCAAAGGUGCCACCAAGCAAUGCCGAUGCACCGCUGUUUGAAAUUCUACGCAAGAAUGGAUUGACUUUGCCUAUUGACUUUAGCUGGAGCAAAGCUGGGAAAGUUUUCAGGUAUCCUUUUCUGAGCCCCAGGGCCCAGCUUGAAGCUUUGAGUGAUGCGGGCUACUUCCAUCGGGUUUUGGGUCUGCCGGUUCACUUGGCAAGUGAGGGUCUUGAUCUAUUUUGGAACAAGUUUCGAGUCCUGCACCCCCGGCACAGCUUGUUCGAGAAUGCCAACAAUAUUGAUUUUCAGAGGCUCAUCCCUUACUACCUGCAUGGGGAUGGGGGCCGUGGCUUCAAGAAGGAGGCUAUCGAGAUAUUAUCCAUGUUUCCAGCUCUGGGGACAGGGUCGAGGAAGCAUUCUGUAGACCUCAGUUCAAAAAGGCCUGUGGAGAACGAAAUCGAGCUGGGCAUCAAUCUGCAAGGCAGCUCGGGGGCUACCAGGUUCCUGUUUACAGUUCUAAGCAGCUUAGUGGCCAAAACUGACAACACUAUCUUUGAUGAUAUCCUUGAACUAUGGAGUCAGCAACUGCAGCGGCUCCUAGAUGAUGGUUUUCAGGUGGGCGGGAGCACGUGGCGCAUCGCGAUUUUGGGCUUUACUGGAGAUUCUCCUUUCGUCAAAAAGGUUGCGAAGACCACCCGCUCGUUCCACAAUGUGCGAAAGCGGCACACUGCAAAGAAAAAGCAAACAGGCUGCUGUUGGCUUUGUCAUGCAGGUUACGACGACCCGGAGCAAGGAAUCUUUUAUCCCUUUGAACAUCUGGGUUUCAGUGAGCCGCUCUGGCUGCAAACCUGCAAGCUGAACAACCCCUUACCAUGGGAGGGGUCAGGCUCUCCACUUGUGCGGCGAAUGCCGCUGGACAAGGAUGACACGCCCGCUGCAUUUUACACGGCGGACUUCUUCCAUGUGUGGCAUGCUGGGGUCGGUUUGGACUUCUGUUCAUCCGCAAUGGUGUAUUGCUUUCGACUGUUUGAAAUGUCCUCGGUGGAAAAAAACAUAUCGGAGCUGAACGCAUCAUUGCAGGUUUUUCUGAAGAAGUCAAAGCAAAAAUUGGCGUGUGGUCGCGUGACCGAGGACCUCCUGGGCUAUAGUUCCACGCGAGAAUAUCCUGAAGGCAAGUGGUCAAAGAAUAUGGACACAGCCGUUUUCACCAAAUUCGUGAUUUGGUUGGUGGAACGUCCAGAGUUUGCGGCCAAACUUGCAGCAGAUGACAUUCUCAAAAUGAUCCUCGCGACUGCCAAGGCGAUCGGUGUGGUCAUCAGCACGGCUCUGAGGGCGGAGUACUACAUGGCGAGUGCGGACUGCCAGGAAGUGAUAAGGAAUGGGCAUGCAGUGCUGACUGGCUAUGGGCAGCUCGUUGUCACGUGCUACAGUGGACGUCUGUGCUUAUUCAAGCUUCGACCCAAGGUUCACUACUUGAAUCACAUAUUCCUCCGGGUUUGGGAAGAAUGGCGUGCUGCUGGAUUUGCGGUAAACCCGCUUGCGGAAGCCACGUUCAUGUCGGAGGACUUCGUGGGAAGGACGGCUCGCUUAUCCAGGCGUGUCUCAACAAGAGCCGUGGCAAUCAAAACACUUCAAAGGUACUUGCUCUUCAUGCAGACUGCCCUAAGCAAGGAUAGUUUUGCAAUGCUGGAUUUGUCAAUGCUGGACUGA